AGUGUGGAUCACCAGGACGAGGCCAGUGAGCUGGAGACGAGGAAGGCCUCAGACUCGUGCGUCAUCGAGAAUGGGCACCAGCUGGGGGCAGGUCUGGGCGAUGGACCCCCGGAGGCUGCCCAGACGUUCCCGGAGCCAGAACCGCCCAAGCCUCGCCCCGUGAGCCUCUCCUUGCGGCUGCCUCACCAGCCCGUCACGGCCGUCACUCGGGUCUCUGAGAGGUUCUCGGGGGAGACCUCAGCCGUGGCUGUCUCGCCCACGUCCGCCGCCGUCCUGGGGGGCCUGAGCCCAAGCCCCAGUGAGGCCACCACACCCUGGACCCCCGGUCCCAGCGAGAAGAACCCUUCCGUCCCAUGGUCGAGCGCCGGCUACGGGGCAGCGUCCACAGGCAGGAGCAGCGACAGCCCACCCCUGGCGACGCCGCCCCGGUCGCCCCCGUCCCCCCCGCCGCCAGCCACCGCCCAGGCCCGGCGCCGGGAGCUGGUGAGGUCUCAGACGCUGCCCCGCACGUCGGGAGCGCAGGCCCGGAAGGCCUUGUUUGAGAAGUGGGAGCAGGAUACCGCGGGCAAGGGCAAGGGAGAGGUGCGGGCCGAGCUGAAGCGGUCCCAGAGCUUCGGGGUCGGCGCCGGCAGCAUCAAGCAGCUCCUGCUGCAAUGGUGUCGCAAGAAGACUCUCGGCUACCAGCACGUGGACCUGCAGAACUUCUCCUCCAGCUGGAGUGACGGAAUGGCCUUCUGCGCCCUGGUGCACUCCUUCUUCCCCGACGCCUUCGACUACAGCGCCCUGAGCCCUGCGCAGCCGCAGAGGAACUUCGAGCUGGCCUUCUCCAUGGCUGAGAAUCUGGCCAACUGCGAGCGCCUCAUCGAGGUGGAGGACAUGAUGGCGAUGGGCCCCAAGCCGGACCCCAUGUGCGUCUUCACCUACGUCCAGUCCCUGUACAACCACCUGCGUCGCUUUGAAUGAAGCCCGUGGGGCUGGAUGGCCAGGGCCAGCCCGGGGGGAGACUGUGGGGCGGCUCGUGCUCCCUGAGCGGGGCGGCCCCGCCACGUGGUGUGAGAGCACUUCUGUUCCGUGGCGUGUGGUAGGCCGUGCGGCCCGCUGUGUUGUUGGACGUGGGCACUGCGCGCUGGGCUCUGCGUGGGCCGCGGCCAGGGCUCCCCGGAGGAGGGAGAGCUACCAGAGAGCGCGAUUGGUGCUAAGCGAUUACCUCCCUUCAAAUAAAAGGCUUGCCUGUGGAUUCUGGAA